UUUCCCCCCCAUGUAUAUUUUAACCCUACCAGUUCCCAUGUUUGGUUUGUCAUGAACUGGAAAGAUACAAGGCUAAAAUGGAUUCCAGAAAACUACGAAAAUGUUAGUGUUGUACACCUGGGUCCGGAUAAGGUUUGGAAGCCUGAUAUAAUGGUGUACAACAGCCUUCAGCACUUCGACUAUGAGAUGACCGACGUGGGUCUGGUCAGCAGUGGUCUGAUUUGGUGGGUCCCCCCGGUCAAUCUUCAUACUAGUUGUGAACUAGACUGGACUUACUGGCCCUGGGACUAUCAGAAGUGUAGACUGCUGGUUGGUAGCUGGACUAAAACAGGUUGGGAGCUAGAUAUUACAACCAUAUCUGGAGCUAAUAUUAGCAAUGUUGAUAGGGAUAAUUUUGUGCCUGGUGCCUGGGAUAUUGUAUCUGGAAUACAGCAAAGAAUAGAGAUUACUGCAUAUAAAGAUAACUUCGUAGAACUUCAGGUUGAUUUCGUUCUACAGAGAAGAUCGUUUCUUGAUAAGAAGGUUGCUGUUCUCCCACUUUUAGUUUCAUGUUGUUUGAUCCUUUCAGCUUUUUGGAUUCAUCCCUCUUCAACUGCUAGACUUAGAUUGAACCUUGCUGCUGUUGGUGUACUGGUUAUAACACUCUUAGCUCACAGGAGUUUUCUGCCAUCAGCAGGAGGUCAGAUGCCCAUGAUAGUUGCCAUGACGACAGGACUAGUGGUACUGGCUGUUGUACAGUUAGCAGUUAUCCUAUCCUUGGCUAAUCUUGUAUCCAGAACGGAUUCCCCCUCAAUGCGUUUUUUGGCUCCGCUUCAGAUGAUUUCUCCGUUCCUUUGUCUGGGAAAUCUUCCUCUUAUAGGACAGGUUCCCGCUAGUAUAGUCCCCCCCUGGAGCCGGGGUGCUGAUGAUACAGAGAACCUUCAACCUGAUCUACCCAAACUCCAGGGUUGGAACCUCAUUGCACAAGCUGUAGAUCGUCUGAUGUUCAUCGUGUACACAGUCAUCGUAUUCUUCUUUCUAGUUUCGUAUAUUGGCGCGGCAUCCGCAAAUUUCAACGCCAAGACAGGAAAUAACUAAAUCUACGAUUUUUAUUUACAAAAAAGUUCAAUAAAAGAUUUCUGAUUUGA